UUUGUUAUCGAUCAGUAAAGAAAUUAGGAAUAGUUGAUUAUUAUAAUUAUUAAGCAGUAGAAUAAAAGAAGAAGAAAUGGGUAUAAAAUAGUUGAUUAGGAUUUGUCUGUGGGUCAGAUUUCAAUUAAGAUCUAAUUCAAGAAAAUUGAACCAAUUGAGAUGCUGCUACUGCUCUACAAUUAAAUUCAUUGAUACAAAUGAAGAGAAAUCAACCUCUUAUACUCCCUUCGCAUCUCCAUCUACACCUACCCAAUACGUUUUGGUCUGUUUUGAUCUAUCUAGCAGUGUAUCAACUUGUUAACCAACCAUGGUUUAAUGGAGGGUUUACUUUCCAAGCAACAAACAUAAUUUGAUUUAGAAGUUGAGGUAAGGAAAUGAUUAUGUCUCGAAUUCGGUUUUUAUUUGGGUCUGUUAUGCUUACAAGAGCUAUUCGAUAAAAGAACUAAAAGGCAUCACUGGUUUGAGCACUAGGAACAUCAGCUGCGACUUGAUUAUAGGGAAUUUAGUUUGACGAGGUCGUCAUUAUCUCUCCACAGAUGAAGGUCAAGAUCUUCUCUCAAAUUCAGAAGCUUCAACCAGCAACAACAACAUUCAUAGGUGUUGCUAGAUUCAAGAAGCAACAACAGAAAGAUUCGGGGGUUUUCGAAUUGAUGAGGAUUUCGGCCGUAUUUAUCCUGAAUUGUAUGCUGAAAAAUUAGAUCUGAUUUAGGAGGGUUCUAGUGCAGUGGUGUCUGAGAUUGGGUUUUACCCAAAUAUGGUGUUGAAUAACGAUAUCAUUUGGCAUGGUUUUGAAUGUGGAUGGAUGAUAAUUCGAUUGAACUGGGUAGGAGUGUUGGUGUUAUAUGGUGGUGGUGGCUAGAAGUUUAUGUGAUCUGAAAUUGGAGGUUCUUGAUAGAGAAGAACACCCAGCAACAAGAGCAUAAAAGUAAUGGCGGACUGUGCCGGAAAAGGAGGAGAAUAUGUGGUGUUCUUGAGGGUAUUUUGGGAAGAUCAUGAAACACGUGUACUAUCUACGCCACGCAUGCACAGGUGUUGACUCAGCUAACUGAGCAAUGGACGGAAAAACUAACGAUGGGAGGAAACACUAAUUUUCAUUUUGGUGAGGAAAAGCUAAUUAGCGAUCCUGGAAGGGGAGGAAACGCAAAAUACCCCAAAAUUAAAACUUAAAAACAGAAACAAAACCUAAUUUCUGUUCUUCAUUCUUUACAUUUCAAUUGCUCUAUUUCUUCCUCUCCUCUUUCUCUUCAUCCUUUUCAUCGUAAAUCCAUUUGAAUUCAUUUCAUUGAACGCUCUUCUUCUUCCUCUCCUCUUUCUCUUCAUCCUUUUCAUCGUAAAUCCAUUUGAAUUCAUUUCAUUGAACAAACCCAUGGUAUAUGUAAGAUGCCGCCCCUCUAAUGGAAUGCGACGCCCCAAUAAUAGCCUUCUUCUAGAAUGCUGUCUCGUUCCAACUAAGUUUAAGCAGUCUCUUCUAAUGGCUUAUCUACUUAGUCCGUCUACAACUUCUCUGAACCUAAAUCUUCCUACUGAUUCGUACCACUCCACUCGCUUAACCACUACUUGCCUUCCUUUACCUAACAGAUUGAAUUGGGACAGUCUGCAUUCACGGCCCAAUGGCUGCCGUGUUCUUAAGUGCAAACUUACCAAGAUAAAGGAGUAUCCACCGUCAACCCCUUCGACAUUGAUAAAGGAACCUCACAAGUACUUUGAUCAAGUAAUUAUCACAGUUAGAUCUGGUGAUGGUGGUCAUGGUGCAAUUCUUGGUAUGCCUGAUCAGAAAGCUCCUCCGAAAUCGCAAGGAAAAUAUGGCAAAGAAAAUAAGUGGAAAAGUUCGUUCAGAAGAGAUUCAGAUGGAUCACUUAUCCUUCCCAUGGGUGGUCAUGGGGGUGAUGUUAUCAUUUAUGCAGAUGAGGGAUUGGAUACGUUGUUAGAAUAUCAUAAGAAGAGUAGGCAUAACGCCAAGCGUGGGGGAAAUGUUGAUGCUAUGGGUGUCCUGACCAAACAACUGCGUGACGGACUAGCUGCUCCGACAGUGCGUAUACCUGUCCCCGUAGGUACAGUUGUGAAACGUAAGAGAGGGACCUUUCUGGCGGAUCUAGCACAGCCAGGUGAUGAAAUUCUGGUUGCUAGAGGUGGGCAAGGUGGGAUCAGCUUGUUGGAGAUGCCUGAACAUAAAAAGAAAAAAGCAAUGACGAUAAGUAGUAAUGUCAUGAGGGAUGACAGCGACAAGGUGUUAACUCUUGGUCAACCUGGGGAGGAAGUUAAUCUAGAGCUGAUUUUGAGGGUAGUUGCGGAUGUUGGUCUAGUGGGACUGCCAAAUGCUGGAAAAUCAACUCUCUUGGCAGCGAUUACUCUUGCAAAACCUGAGAUUGCCAAUUACCCUUUCACUACAUUAAUUCCAAACCUAGGAAGGCUAGGCGGAGAUCCUAGUUUAGGUGCAGGAAAAUUUUCGUCAGAGGCAACCUUAGCAGAUUUGCCUGGUCUCAUCGAAGGUGCUCAUUUGGGGAAGGGUCUUGGUCGCAAUUUCCUGAGGCACCUGAGAAGGACCCGACUGCUGGUUCAUAUUGUCGAUGCAUCUACUUAUGACCCUGUAAAGGAUUACAGAACUGUCAAAGAAGAAUUGCGGAUGUACAACCCUGAAUACCUUGAGCGUCCAUUUCUUGUUGUGUUAAAUAAGAUUGAUCUUCCUGAGGCACAAGACAGGAUGCCAUCUUUGAUUGAAGAAAUAUCGAUGAUUGGGUGCGAUGAGUUACCUGCAGAGCUAGAAAUGGAUGUUGAUAAAGCGGAUAAACUGCUACCAAUUCAAAAUGAAAAUGUUAAUGUGCCUUCUUCUGGGUCUCCUAAAAGAGAUAGGAGGGAGAAACAAAUUGAAGAGUAUCCUCGCCCUCUUGCCGUUGUGGGUGUUAGUGUCCUAAAAGGUAUCAGAAUUGAUGAAAUGCUCAAGGAGAUAAGGGGAGGUUUGAGGAAGAGUCAAGGUUUUGAGAAAGAAGAGCUCGCACUAAGAACUUGAUAAACAUGAUGGACAGCCAUAAAUACUCUGCUUAUCCAUGUCAUACUGCCAUGGAGAAUUUACACAAGUAUGCCGUGUGUGAUCGUUGGGAUUUAAAUCCUUCAAGUCAAGGAUUAUCCAAUUUAUUCUUAUGUCAGGAAAAGUUGGGCCAUCCAAAGCCAUGUUUACACAAUACUCCACCUUGGACUACCAUUCCAAAAUGUCGUUGCCUCUAGUUAGUGCAGUGAAAAGGUUUGAAUCACUUGGUUUUUUGUCUAGUAGUUGUGAGAAACGGGUGUGCAUCUUUUUCACGUACCGUUUUCACUUGAAUCGGAGAUCUUUUAUUCCUUAACUGAUGAAGUAUUGCAAGUGAGUUGAAAACUCUGGGACAGGUACAUUACAGCUUAGAACAACAGAUGGUGCUAGCAACUAGAUCUAACCAGGGUUCUUUUGGUGUCAUAUAACUUAAACCUUCCAAAUGCAUGGCCGUUCAGAAGGUUGUGGAUGAGAAGAUAUCAACCUUAUCAAACAAUCAGUGUAUUUUGCUUCUCUCUAGUUUCUUAAAAGUAGCUUGUAAGUUUGCUAUGUAUGGCUGCUAAACAUGCUAUAAGCAAGCGCUGGACGCACAACUUUCUUUUGGUUGUAAUUAGUUGUUUCUUGUGUUUGAAUGAAAUGAUCCUUUCCAGAA